AUGGCUGCUGCAGAUGCUAAUGCAGCUCUUAACGAGCUCAUCAACUCCCUCGACAUGAGCAAGGUCCCAGACAAAUUACAUUGUCCCGGUUGUCAUAACUUCCUAGCAAAUGCUUUCAAAACACCCUGCUGUGACCAAGCUAUAUGCGAGACCUGCCAAUCCUCCAUCCAAGGUCAAUGCCCUGUAUGCGACCAUUCACCCCUCACACCCGACCUCUGUAAGCCUAGCAAAGCUGUUAGGACUACAGCGAAGGCAUACCUGAAGACAGCAGAGAAGAAGCUUGCAGAUGAACGUAUAAAGGCUGCCGCGGCUGCUGCUCCGGCUGCAUCAUUCGCACCCCCAGAGCCUCCAACUCCUGUUCAGGAUAGGCAGAACGAAGAGGCUAGAGCUCCGUCCAUAUCUGUAGCUGAGCCACAUGUGAAACAAAAUGAGGUCCAGCAAAAGCUUGCUGAUCAACCUCAUCCAUCGAUCGAGACCCCUUCACAGAAUGAAGUUUUAUCCGUUGGAAGAGAUGAUCCUGCUACUCAAGAAGAUUCCAAAGGUGAAUCCGUGGAGUUGUUGGAGGAAGCUAUGGCCAAACAGGAUAUAGAGCAACCAGAGAAACAGCAGCACGAGCCUGCCGGCCUGGGAGAUAGUGAAAAAUCGGGCAAGACGAAUGGGCAUGCCCUGAGCGUUGUCACGAACAGCAACGACUUUUCCAGUACACCGAACGUGAACACCGGGUUCAACGCUGGCAUUAGCCCCGGCAUGAGCCCUGGCAUGGAUUACACGCAAAUGAUGCAAUUCAUGUCUGGCAAUAUGGCCAGCGGAAUGGGCAAUUUCAACCCUAUGUUGGGAAUGCCAAAUAUGGGAAUGGGUCCGAUGCUAGGGAUGUUUGGGAACAUGGGUAACUCCGGGAUGGGCAUGGCCGGAGUGAACGGCAUGAGUAUGGGUAUGAAUAUGAAUUUCAACCCCAAUCAAGGAGCAUAUGGAGGAUGGAAUAAUGGUCAAAACAUGUGGAAUGGUCCGCAGAAUAACAAUCCAAAUGCAUUCUCGAAUGGCUUGGGAGGUGAUUUUGGUCCCAAUGCAGGCUUUGGCUACAAUAUGUCUCAACAAGGCAAUUUCCAUCAACAACAGUACCCUAACGGUGAUUUUCAGUCUGGGUAUCAUGGCCGAGGCUCUUUCCGAGGCCGCGGUCGAGGUCGUGGUGGCUUCCGUGGCCGUGGAGGCUUUAAUCCAGGCUUUCAAGGUAACUCGUCCGCCAAUUACCAGCAACCAUAUGAACAGCAACAGGCCCAGAUCCAGCAGUUGCAAGCACAGCUAGGGAAUCAACCGAAUGAGCAGUCAGCAACGCCAUCACAUGGAACGACAGAAGCACAGCUCAAAGCCUUCCAUGAUGAACUUGCCCCUGGAGGCCAAGAAGAGGUUGAUGAGGCUCUUGGCGUUGAUGACCCUAAACCUGAUUUGGAAGUCAGACUGCCCAAUGAAGAUGAAGAGCAUGUUCGCAAGGAAGAAGACAAUGAAGACAAUAAAGACCAUGAAGACCGCAAAGAUACGGCUCAGGAUGCAAGUGAUCCACAGCCCGCUGAGCCCAUCGAGAUCGAUAUUCACGUUGAACCCGUGCAGCCUAUUGCUACUGUGUCACCUACAAAGGAGCAAACGCCACCAAAUGAGGUUCUUCCAGAAGCAUACAAGGAAGAUCUUGCUGUACAGUCUAUGCCACCACCUAGUGCCCCCAUAGGACCUGCCGCGCACUUUUCGGAAACCUCAAGAGAACAUGCUUUUCGUGGUAGAGGUCCAGGUAGAUUUGCAACCCGCGGUCGUGGCGCUCUCCAUCUGCAAAAUGGCAUGCAUUCUCCCAGUAAACCAGCACCAGAAAUGUUUUUCAAGGCCCCUACAGAGCCUAAAGGAGCCGGAAUAGUAGGUGCUCCCACCGGACCAAAAGCCAUGAGGGCAGCACCGGUUCCACCUAGUGGUCCUCGAGGCCGGGGUGGUGGCUUUCAGAUCGUUGGUAGAGCUGCUAUGAUGAAUAAAGAGAAUCGUUCAGUGAGCGGAGAAUCUGAGGCACGGAAUACUGAUUACAGACAUGAAGAAAGGUCUCGAUCGAAUUCACUCUCAUACCAGGAUGAGAGAGGUAGCAGGCAUCGUGCUUCAUCGAAUCAUGAAGCUGAGUCAGACGAGGAACGCCGCCGACGCCGCGAACGAAGACAUCGGCGAUCAAAGCGCGAUGACCACGAGGAUGAAGAAAUGCGCGAUGAUGCCGGUCAUGACUACUCACGCUCCUCAACACCAGACUCGAGGCGCAAGUCAUCGCACCGUCACCGAGACAAGGACCGCCACUCCUCAAGCACUAAGCACCGCUCAUCCCACCGCUCCCAUCGCUCUCGUGACGAAGAACCAGACUCCGAACAACACCACGAAGACGAAUACUCCUCCAGCCGCCGAAGCAAACCCAGUAACAGCGACCUCCCGACCGAGACCGAAAGCAGAAGCAGCAGCCAUCGUGACCGGGAACAUCACCAUCGAAGCAGCCGCUCCAGCCGCCGCGACGAAAAAGACCGAGACCGCGAUCGAGAUCGAGACAGAGAAGACAGACACCGCCACCGCAAACGCUCCCGUCGUGACCGCGACGCCGAUGAAGCCUCAGACGCCGAAGCAGAAGAGUCUCACCGCCACCGCUCCCGCCGCCACAAACGCGAACAUCUGCAUGAGUCUGAAUCCGCGCGCAACAACGGCACAAGUAGCCAUCGAGACCGAGACCGAGAACGAGAACCCAGCAGAAGGACCUCCUCGCAGAUUACCCCAGCCUCAGCCCCCGCCCCAGCAGUGCCCACAGAACCAGCAAAAGAUAGGAACAGAGACAAGGAUAAGGAUAAGGAUGUAGAUAUCCACACCCAAGAGCGCGAGGCAAGGAACCGAGAACGGCUGCUCAAGGAGCAGCAGCGGAGGGAGAAUAGAAGGGAGAGCAGUGGUAAGAGCGGCGCUGCUGCUGCUGGUGGGAGGAGAAUGAGCUAUAAAUACGAGGAUGAGGCGCACGGUCAUGCUUUGAUGGUUGAGAGUGAGAGAGAGAGGGAUAGAUGGCGCUAG